GCCAGACUUGAGCAAGAGCAGCAGAAACUGGAGGGGGUGCAGAAGGAUCUUGAUAUCCUCAAGGACAAGUUUGACCAAGCGCAGAGGAGCGCACAGGAUGUGGAGCUAAAGCACUCGCAAGCAGAGGCCAAGCUCCAAGAGGAACAGCAGAAACUCCAAAGCGCUAUAGCAGAGUGUGAAGCCUUGAAGCAGCAGCAACAGGCAUCCAACGAAAGCAGCGCGGAUGCACAAGCGACCAUUAAGCAGGAGCUGGCUGCCACGACGGAGCAGCUGCAGGCCGCAAAAGACAUGUUGGCCGAAGCACAGAGGAAUGCGCAAGAAGUCGAAGUGAAGCGGUCGCAGGUACAGGUGCAGCUUGAGACUGAGCAACAGCGGCUUCAAAGUGCAAUUACCGAAUGCGAGGCUUGGAAGCAGCAGGCCAUCGCCAGCAAAGACGGCUCAGAGCAGGGCAUGAAGCAGCUAGAGCAGUUCUUGAGUGGAGAGCUGGAAGCCGAACGCAAGCGAACAGACGGGGCCCGAGAGCUCCCAGAGUGCUUCAUCAAGGCAGAGCUUCAGCAGAAGCUCGCCGAGCAGACCUCGCUGCCUGCUCAAUGGCUUGUUCACUGGGCACCAGCAUCAGAUUCGUUUGACGGCCACAAUAGCUUUUCCUUUGAGUUCUCCGACUACCAAGACCAAUGUCCUUGGCCAAAGUCCAUGUCUUCCGACGGCCUCGAAGACUUAGAAGUCAGAGCAGCGAAGAUCGUGAAAGCUGUACAGCGUCUGGAUAAGCGGAUUCAGAACAAGGGAAGGCUGUUGCGCUAUAUUCGGUCAGAGAUGGCAGCCCUCCAAAAGAAGAAGGACAAACAUCAGGACUGUACAGAGGACGGCGCCCCCUCUGCAAUGGAGUGCAGCAACCUGCCCUACUACCAGGCUAUAGUUGAGAUGUGCCACGCUGUGGUCGCUUGUGGCGUCCUGAGACGUUUCAGUGCAGACGAUGCCCAAGUGACAUUUGAAGUCACUGCCGGCUUGGCAGCAGGCGCAGUCGCUUGGAUCAAGUGCUUUGCUCGAUCCCAGCACCGCUUGGAGCAUGACCACAUCCUGGAUCUGGCAAAAUCCUGUCUUCACAUCGCCAAGAUGAAUGUCAUCGGAGAUGCGCCGCCGCGGGUGUGCUUCCGCUUCUUCGGGGGCUUGCCGCCAUCUCUCGCGGCAGCUGUCGCGGAACUCGGCAUUGAUGUCGCGGAGGGUGCAGUGCCGCCACAAGAUUCGUCAAGGACAACAGCGGACUCCAUUAACCUGGACACGACUACUCUGAUCGCAUUGACUUCGAACUUGUCUCAUGGACAGGUCGGCUGGACUUUCAAAGAUGCAGAGCUCGAGAAGCAGGCAGCAAUGGAAGCCAAGGAGCCUGUCCUGCAGCAGCUUGCGUCAAUCCUGGGGGGCCGGCGGCUUGUGGUUUCCUCCACAGCCCUCGAGACCUACAAAGAGCUGAUCGAGAAAAUGGCCGGCGGCUACGAACGGAAGCGUGCUGACGAGAUCGUCGCUGCACUCACCGUUGCUGAAGCAGAGCGUCCUGAUGGAUUCUUGACGUCUCGGAAGGUCUCGGAAGACAUGCUCAAAGUUGUCGGCGUUGGGCUUAAGCAUGGAAUCCCAACCUGUAUGGCAAACACCAAGGCAAUGAGAUCGAUCCAAGACCAGAGGCAAGGAGUCCACCUUUUGCAACACAUGCCACGUGCUCUUACCGAAGGCGCACAAAGCAAAAAGACUUCGAAAAGGAACGAUCGUCGUCAUCCUAUGCAGGCUGAAGAGCUGCAGAAACUGUUCGACUACAUCCUCGGUGUAGGUGAUGCGCCAGGAGGGGCUCCAGUCGUGGGGAGCACUGACCCCACGGAUUCCCUCUCAGAGGCGGUCGACGCUCAGGAGGAUGGAGCAGACGCAUCCGGAUCUGAGUUGGGUGAUCCGCGCAGUCUCGAUGCCGGCCCUCCGCUGGACCUUACCAGCAUUUGUGCUUGCAUUCUGGCAGAUGAGACUUUCCGUGAGAAAUGCACGCAGUGCCUUGCAGAGCUCAAACAGGCUUGCAAAGAAGCCUUUUCAGGGCCCGAGUUUCAGAUGAAGCCGUUCGACUGGUGCCCUGAGCCAGUCUUGACAGCCUUUGGCUCCACAGUGCAGGGCACAGCCAUCAAGACGUCAGAUCUCGACGUUCGCUUGUCCUUCGAGCAGUUUGAAGUAAGGGCCAAGGACAGACAAGUCCUCUACCUCACCGCACUCUCGAAGCUUCAUGGAACUGCCUUCGAGCUCGAUCAGUUGAUUGCAACCGCGAGCUUGCCACUGCUGCGCCUCUGGUAUCGCCAACUCCAGGUGGACAUUACAAUGGGGCUCACAGAUGACCUGGAGGUGGACAAGGUUCUGGCGACAAUCCUCGAUUCGGCAGCGCCUGCCGUACGGAACAUGGUGUGCAUGGCCAAGGCUUUCGCUAAAACCAACGAUCUCCUCAACGCCUACUCGGGCUACUUGAAUGCGGUGUCCUGGGUUUGCUUAUGCAUCGCUUUCCUCAAAGAGGAAUGUGAUGAUGCCCUGCAAACCAUCCCGCUUGAUGUUUGCACCUUCUCCAGGUUUCUGCAGUUCGUUGCCAAGAGCUGCCGGCGACAGCGCCACAUAUCGCUGGGGGCAAGCAGAUCGAAGGGUGCGCGGCAUGGCCGAGCCACGCUCUUUAUCGAGCAUCCGACGAGUCCAAACAGGAACUUGGCACAGUGCCUGCGACAAAGCCCUGCCAAGAAGACCGCUGAAGCAUGCGAGCGAUCGGCGAAGCAACUUCGCGGUUGCCCCAAUGCAGGAGCCCUCGAAGAGACCCUGCGAGGUCUCCUGGGCGUAAGGAAGCGGAAGGCCGACCCGGAGAAGGCAACGGAGCAGCCUGUGAGCCUGAACGCGAAAGGUGAAAACGAUCUGCCCGUCAUCGGAUUUCCCGGAUUUCCCAGACCGAAGAUGCUGCCAUGCACAAAGUCGGAGCAUAGUGUCCGAUUUGCCUCAGUCAAGUAUCUCUGUGUUCUGCAGGCAGAGCUGGAGCAACAAAAGGCCUCCAGCAACAGCACAGCCGAUUCCCAGCAGGCCACGGCGAAAGAAUUGGCAGAGGGCUCGGCUCAGAGGCUUUCGUUCCCGGAAAUCUGGCCGCACCUCAAAGGAGACGUGAAGGAAGAGUUUGAGGCGCUCAAGGAACGCCUCGAUGCGGCUCAGAGGAGUGCAGAAGAGGUGGAGCUGAAACGUUCGCAGGAAAAGCUGGCGGCUGAACAGCAGCGGUUAAUCGUGCAGGAAGAACUUGACAUGCACAAGGAAAGCGCGCAGAAGCUCCAAGCUGAAUUCGAUGCGCAAAAGGAGAGCCUACAGACAGCGCAGAGGAGUACCGACGAGACUGACAAGAAACGAUCCGUAAUGGAGGAGCAACUCGCAGCGGAGCAGCAGAAAUUGCAGACUGUCGGGCACUCAUUGACAGUCUUGAGACACGAGGUACGGUGCGUGUGUUGCUAUCAAAAGCAGGUGCAAGCCGAGCUCGAUGCGCAAAAGGAAAGCUUGAAAGAAGCGAAAGUCCUGGAAUCCAAAUCCAGACUUGAUGCAGCAGAAGGUGAACGUCGCGCCGUCGUUCAGACUGUCGUGUCCGAGGAUGCUACUCAUGCAGACCAGGCCUUGCGCAGGCAAAUCGAGUCAGCUCGGCAGGUGGAGCUGCAGCUCGAGAGCAGAGCAAGUGCUGCCAAGGCUUCGCUGGAGGAAGAGCGCCGCCGUGUGGAGCAGCUGAAGUUGGAGUACACAAAUCUCUUGCAGGGUCAGCAGGACACGGUUCAAGCAUCUCAGAAACACCUGGAGACCAAGCUCGAGGAGCUGGGCUGCCAGAUGCGGGAGAUGCGCUCGACAUUGGAGUCCGGACGCGUCACGUUGAAUCAGGACGACCUUGCCAAGCAGUUAGCGCAGGUUUCGGCGGUCAACGCGAAGCUCGAGACUGCUGUGGCCAGGGAGGCCAAGAGCCUGGGACCCGCCAG